CAACACUUCUACACAUAAUUUUAAGUGGAGAACCAAAUCAUUUGUACACUAAAUUAGGUAUUCGCUUUGGAGAAGACAAAUCCAUGGCUGCAACCAAGAAGACAGUUCUAAUAACUGGGGUGACCAGAGGGAUAGGACGAGCUUUGGCAUUGGAGUUUGCGAAACAUGGCCAUCUAAUUAUUGGUUGCGGCCGCGACAAAACCAAUUUGGAUUCACUUCAGCUGCAACUCUCUAAUGCUUCCCCGCAAAGCCAUUUGCUCUUCAUCGCUGAUGUGAAGUCAGAUGACAGCGUCCGACAAAUGGCACACACGGUCCGGGACAAACUUGGUUCUCUUGACAUCAUUGAUAUGUUUGUGCUACAGUGUUUUUUUCUUCAUUUCGGAUAA